CCGCCCGCCAUGACACCCACCGCCACCAGCACCGCUGCAUCGCCGCCGCGCAGCGCACUCCCGCCGCUCGUGCAGCUCUACUCGCAUGCCGCGGCACCCGGCGGCGGCGACGGCGACGCCGAGCUGCGCGCCGCCAUCGUCGCCGGCCUGCGUGCGCAGCCGCAGCUCACGACGCCCGGCCGCACCGACGCCGACCGCGCAUACGCCUUCCGCCGCACCAUGCCCACGACCGUCAUGUACAGCGAGAAGGGCCUGCAGCUCUACGAUCGGCUCGUCGAGGAGCCCGAGUACUACCUCUGGAGCGCCGAGCUCGAGAUUCUCUCCACAUACGCACCCGAGAUCGCGCUGCGGGCCUUUGGCCACGCCACGCCAGGCACGAGCAAGCUCUGCUCGCGCUACACGCAGCCCAAGGGCCUGGCCGCAGCCGCCUCGCAGCCGCCGCCGGACGAGCCGCAGCACGAGCAGGAGCGCAACGGUCGCAAGAACGGCUAUCCGCUGCCGCUGGUCCGCGCCAAGGAAAAGUGGGGCGACCAGCGCGUGGGCAAGCACAAUGGCGGCGUGAAUGGCGAAGAGGGCCUGGACGGCAAGCGCACCGUCGGGUGCGCGUCACUCGUCGAGCUCGGCGCUGGCUCAUUGCGCAAGACGGCACACCUCGUGCGUGCGCUGCAGCACCUGCCCGAGAGUGCCGAGGCCGGCAAGCCGGCGGUGCAGUACUAUGCGCUCGACCUGGACCGCGCGGAGCUCGUGCGCACGCUCGAGGACCUGCACCGCCAGGAGGCGGCAGCCGACGGCCCUGACACGGCGCAGUGGACUGUGUGCGGCGGCAAGGUCGGCAUCAACGGCAUGCACGCGACGUACGACCAAGGCCUGGCGCACAUCGGCGCUGGCGGCCUGCCCAGCGACGGACCGCGCUGCCUGCUCUGGCUCGGCUCGAGCAUCGGCAACUUCGACCGUCGCGGCGCGGCAGACUUCCUCAAAGAUGCGGCUCAGUCCGCGCUGCGUCCGGGCGACACGAUGCUCAUCUCGAUUGACCGGCGCAACAAGCCUGAGGAGGUGGCGGCUGCGUACAACGACGCCAACGGCAAGACGCGCGAGUUCAUCCUCGAGGGCCUCCGCCACGCCGACCAGGUGCUCGGCGGAGGCGUCCUCGACGUGAGCAAGUUCGAGUAUCACGACCGUUACAAUGCCAUCGAGGGCCGACACGAGUCGUACUAUCGCUCGACUGUCGCGCAGCGCAUCGAGGUGCCCGGCGAGGAGCCGACUGAGAUAGACGCCGGCGAGCUGAUCCACUGCGAGAGCUCGUACAAGUUCAGCGAGCGCGAGACGCUCGACACGUUCGACUAUGCCGGCCUGCGCGUCGUGCAGCGCUGGACGGACAAGGCGCAGCGCUACGACGUCUGGCUCGUCGAGCGUCCGGCGGUGCACUUUCUCAGCACGCAGCCGACGGGCCUCAUCAAGGAGCCCACGCUGCAGGCGUCAUCGUGGGGCCUGCCGACACGCGAGGACUGGACGCGCACGUGGAAGGCGUGGGACAUCGUCACGCUCACGAUGAUCCCCAGCGAGAUGCUGCACGAGAAGCCGAUCGACCUCCGUCACAAGUGCAUCUUCUACAUCGGCCAUAUCCCUGCAUUCCUUGACCUCACGCUGAGCCGCAACCUCAACGAGCCGCACACGCACGAGCCAUACUCGCUCAUCUUCGAGCGCGGCGUCGACCCGCACAUGGACGACGGCGAGGAGGAGGGCAGCCCGGCGGCGCCCGCCAAUGUCGACACCAUCGAGAUCAACGGCAAGCAGGUCUACUGCCACGCGCACAGCAAGGUGCCCGACAAGGACGAGGACUGGCCGACGCUGCAGGAGCUCCUCGCGUACAAGGCCAAGGUGGUGGCGCGCGUCGAUGCGAUCUACGAUGACAUUGCCUCCGGCCGGCGCACGCUCGACCGACGCCUGGCACGCACACUGUGGAUGACGCUGGAGCACAAGGCGCUGCACAUGGAGACGCUGCUGUACAUGCUGCUGCAGAGCGACAAGACGCUGCCGCCCGCCGGCUUCAUGCCGCCCGACUGGGCCACGCUGCAGCGCGACUGGGACGCCGCCGAUGCGCGCCAGGGCGGCCAGCGCGCUCGCGAGCAGCUGGUGUCAUUCGGGCCCGCACGAGUCGUGCUGGGACAUGUCGACGACGAUGCGAAGGACUUCGACGUGAAGGCUAGCCGCGCGUCCAGCGACGUUGCUGAUCUCAACGAGCAGCUCGGUCGGCCAGAGUUCGGCUGGGACAACGAGACGCAGCGACCAGCCACCCAGUGCGAUGCCUUCGCCAUCUCGGCCGCGCCGAUCUCGAAUGGCCAGUACCUCGCCUUCCUCCAGGCGACUCGCUCCUCCGCCGUGCCCGCAUCGUGGGUGCUGCCCGCCGGUGCAGACGUGGACGAGGCCCGCGUGCGCACGCUGUACGGCGCGGUGCAGAUGAGCGUGGCGCAUCUGUGGCCCGUGCAGGCCUCGGGCAAGGAGCUGGCGGCGUACUGCGCCUGGAAGGGCGGCCGCCUGCCGACGCACGUCGAGCUGCGGCGCUUCCUCGAUGCCUCGUCAGGAGAGCACGGCGGCGCCAACUGCACCGACCGCCCGGGCGCAAACGUCGGCUUCCGCAACUGGACGCCCGUGCCGGCGCAGCUGCCGCGCACCGACCACGAUGGCGACACGCUGCCGGGACACAACGGCGGCGUGUGGGAGUGGACGUCGAGCAAGUUCGACGGCUACGACGGCUUCCGUCCCAGCGCCCUGUACCCCGCCUACAGCGCCGACUUCUUCGACGGCAAGCACAACGUCCUGCUCGGCGGCAGCUGGGCGACGACGCCGAGCAUCGCCGGCCGCCGCACCGUCGUCAACACGUAUCAGUUCGCCUACCCCUACGUCUUUGCGGGCGCGCGUGUCGUGUUCGACCAGGCGCCGAACGGCGCCGCAUGAUGCUCUGCCGCACCGGAAGAGGCGCACGCCGGGCUCUGCCCUUCGCCGGCCGCCGGCGCUUUGCUGCUACCACAUCGCCCUUGCUAUACACCGUCCGCACUACCCUUGCCUGCUCUUCGCCCUCGCGCUGCGUCUCGCUCCGCGGCAAUCGAUGCUUUCGCGCUGUCACUCAUGUCGGCGGGAUCGGCUCCAUUGCUCGGGCCCUUGGCGUGUAGGCAAGACCCUCAUCGCGCACCUGUGGCCCCGGCUCGCGCAUGCAGUCUCUGCCACAAGCCAGCUCCCGUGCUGCACAUCGCUUGCCCGCUGGUGGCUCGAGACACACUCACUGGCUGGACCGCCGCUCGAGCCGUCAUUGUCUUGCUGCGCCGCUCGCCGUCGCUUGCACAGCCUUGACGCGCAAGGAGAGCAGGUCAGAGGCACAGCAGGCAAGAAAGACUCACGACGCACUCAAGCCGUGUCGCGCGCGUGGGGGACA